AUGCCUCAAGAUCUCCCUCCUACGGGAGGCUACGAUGCCGUCCAAUACCGCCGCAACAUCCCCACCCGCGGCCUCCGCCCCAUCUGGUACAUGGCCAUCAUGGGCGGCGUCGUCGGCUACGGCUGGUACCACCUUUUCCACGGCCAGCGCGAGAAGAUCGAGUACGCGCGCGAGAAGGCGUGGGCCCGUAUUCACCUGACGCCCCUGCUGCAGGCGGAGGAGGACCGAGACCAGGCUCGCAGGUACUACGCCGACCUGGCGCGAGAGAAGCAGUUGUUGGGCAGCGAGACUAGGGCGUAUAACUCUGAUCGGUAUGUUUUAUUGUUUGAGUGGAUUUUAAAGAGUAGAGAGAGCUCUUCGGCCGGGGGUCCAAUUUGGUUUAUGUUGCUAAUGUUUGAUGCACUUGCAGGUUUGUACGGCCGACAUUCUCGCCGAGUCCGGGACGGUCGCAAUGAUGUGGGGCUUGGAGAAGAGGGCGAGCAAGACGCUGGCGUUGACUCGAAAGGCGAGCGCGGCACAUAUUGA